AGGGCUUUGCUUUACAGUCAACGAAAGUCAACAUUUUCUUCUACUUCGAUCAUCAUCGUCUGUGAGAUAUGGCCACCUCCAUGGAAGUAGAUGGCGAUAUCAGCAACUUAUCCAUAGAAGAGGUGAGUUAUAUAGCCAAUGACACCUCUGAAGCUUCAUUGGUUCCAGGGAAGUUUUCGUCGCUAUCGGUGAAGGAUGUCUAUGAAUCGGAGGAAGGAAAGGGGAAGGACGAUAAGAAGGACUUGAGGAAAAUCGCGAGAAAGUAUCAAUUGGAUCUUUGUGAAAGAGCUAUGAAGGAAAACAUAAUCGUGGUUUUAGAAACUGGUUGUGGGAAGACUCACAUUGCUGUUUUGCUUAUUAAUAAGAUGGCUUCAUUGAUAAGAAAACCCCAAAAAGACAUUUGUGUUUUCCUUGCACAUACUGUUGCUCUUGCCCAGCAGCAAGCCAAAGUCAUACAAGAUUCUACAGAUUUUGAAGUUGGGUUGUAUUGCGGAAACAACAAGCAUUUAAAGAAUCGUCAAGUGUGGGAGAAAGAGAUGGAAACAUGCGAGGUUUUUGUUAUGACACCACAAAUAUUAUUGCAUAGCUUAAUCCAUUGCCUUAUUAGGAUUGAGCAAAUUGCUCUUCUGAUUUUCGACGAAUGCCAUUAUGCGCAAUUUGAUAGUAAUCAUCCUUAUGCAGAGAUCAUGAAAGUAUUCUAUAAAAGUGAUGCUGUAAAGCUGCCUCGUGUUUUUGGCAUGACUGCAUCUCCAAAGCUAGGGAAAGACACUUCCAUUGAUACCCUUGAGCUUUUGCUUCACUCUAAGGUAGUCACAGUUGAUAACAGAGAAGAGCUGAAUGAAUUUGUGGUAUCGCCUGAAGUAAAAGUGCACUACUACGAUGGUUUUCAAAAUGACACAAUUUACCGCCAAAAACUUGAUGAAAUCAGAUUAAAGUGUGUGUCAAGCUUGAAAAUGAAGGAAUACAAUCAAAACAGUGUUAAUAACACAAAGAAGGCGCUCUUAAGGCUUCAGAACAACCUUAUAUUUUGUCUACAAAGUCUUGGCGUUCACGGAGCCUAUCGAGCUUGUAGCUUGCUUAUGGAAGGUGACCAAUCUGUAAGAAGUAGAUUGAUAGAAGAAAAAGAAGAGGAUAACGAUGACUCUUUAUGCAACAAGUAUCUUGCUCAGGCUGCAUCGUUGUUUGGGAGGGAAAAUGUUGAAGGUCCAAAUGCUGCUGAUUCAUCCAUAGAGGGUGUUCUAGAGGAACCAUUUUUCUCAAGGAAGCUUUUAAUACUUGUUGGAAUUCUUUCCAAUUUUAGGAUACAAACUGGCAUGAAAUGUAUUAUAUUUGUGAAUAGAAUUGUGACAGCAAGAUCUUUGACAUGCAUCUUGAGACGCCUUUCAAUUCUAUCAUCUUGGAGGUGUGAUUUCCUUGUAGGAGUCCACUCUGGAUCAGGGAAUUCGUCUCGUAAAAAUAUGUAUGCCAUUCUCGAAAAGUUCCGCUCUGGCGAGCUAAAUUUAUUAGUUGCAACAAAAGUGGGUGAGGAAGGACUUGACAUCCAAACCUGCUGCCUUGUUGUGCGGUUUGAUCUUCCAGAAACCAUGUGUAGUUUUAUACAGUCUAGAGGUCGUGCACGAAUGUCUCACUCGGAAUAUGCAAUUUUGGUGGACAGAGGCAAUACAAAGGAGAUGAACUUAGUAGAUAAUUUCAUGAAACAAGAAAAUGAAAUGAACUGGGAGAUUGCAUCUAGAACAUCUCCAGUUGCAACAUUUGUUGAUUUUGAUGAAAAAGCUUACACAGUUGCUUCCACUGGUGCUACUUUGAGCUGUGGAUCAAGUGUGUCAUUACUUUACCGCUAUUGUGCUAAGCUUCCUCGAGAUGAAUAUUUCAUUCCCCAAUUGAAGCUGUUUUACUUUGAUGACACAAAUGGGAUUGUCUGCAGUAUAACCUUCCCUUCCAAUGCACCAAUUCACCAGGUUGUUGGGUCACCACAAGUUUCAAGAGAAGAAUCUAAGAAAGAUGCCUGCUUGAAAGCAUGCAAAGAAUUGCAUAAAUUGGGAGCUUUGACCGAUUAUCUCUUGCCAGAGCAGGAUGAUGAAAAUGACGAAUUGGACGACUUUCUCGGAUCAGAAAGCUCAAAUGAUCCAAUGUUUCGACGAGAGCUACAUGAGAUGAUUGUUCCGGCUUUAUUAAAGGAAUCAUGGAGUCUGUCAGAUAAAUCUGUUUCUCUCAAUUCCUACUAUAUAAAGUUCAAUCCAAGUCCAGCUGAUAGGGAGUACAAAAGAUUUGGCUUAUUCCUGAAAUCUCCCCUCCCAAAAGAGGCUGAGAGAAUGAAGUUAACUCUCUGCUUGUCUCAUGGUAGAUCUGUUGCAACGGAAUUUUCCCCUUUUGGACUUACGGAAUUCGAUCAGAAAGAGAUAUUACAGGCACAACAUUUCCAGAAAAUACUUUUGAAGGCCGUCCUGGACCGUUCUGAGUUGAUUCCUGAUUUCAUUUCCAUCGAAAACGAUGAAUUUAGUAAUAUUUCAACUUUCUACCUUCUACUACCUGUUGCUGUAUGCAAGUACGAGGAAUCCAUGACUGUAGAUUGGAGUCUUGUGAGAAGAUCAUUGUCAUCGCCAAUGUUUCAAACUCCAACUGAUGUUAUGAACUUUUCUCUGAACGACAAUGAUCUACAUCUUGUUAAUGGUUCCUAUAGUAGGGACAUUGUUGUAAAUAGUUUGGUAUUUGCUCCAAUCAAGAAAAUAUUUUUCUUAGUUGCUGGUGUUGUCUUAAACAAGGAUGCACACAGUUUGUACAAAGGUUCAACAACUCAUGUUCAACAUUAUAAGAAAAGGUUUGGAAUCGAUCUUUCCUAUCCUUGUCAACCUCUUUUGAAAGCCAAACAGCUCUUUCAUGUGGACAAUUUACUGCGGAAAGGGGGUUGCUUAGCAACUCGCGAAAAAGAGGAACACUUUGUUGAAUUACCUCCUGAGAUUUGUCAGUUGAAGAUCAUUGGGUUUUCUAAAGAUAUAGCAAGCUCCAUGUCUUUGUUACCAUCAAUCAUGCAUCGCCUUGAGAAUUUGCUUGUUGCAAUUGAGUUGAAGAAGAGAUUAUCUUCUUCAUUUCCUGAGGGUGCUGAGGUCUCCGCUGCUCGUGUUCUGGAAGCUCUCACUACUGAGAAAUGCGCUGAGCACUUCUCCCUUGAGAGGCUUGAAAUUCUUGGGGACGCUUUCCUCAAAUUUGCAGUUGGAAGGCACCUGUUUCUCUCUCACCCAUUAAUCGACGAAGGACAGUUAACAAGAAAACGUUCUAAUAUAGUAAAAAAUUCAAAUCUGUUCAAGCUAGCCACAAUGAAGAAAUUACAGGUCUACAUACGCGACGAGCCAUUUGAUCCCAUCCAAUUUUUCGCGCUAGGCCGUCCUUGCACAGUUACAUGUGACAAGGAUACAGAAUUUAUGUUACAUUCUGUUAAACCUAGUCCAGGAACCAAUCUGAAUGUCGAGGUAAAAUGCAAUAAAGGUCACCAUUGGUUGUAUAAGAAAACCAUAGCCGACGUUAUUGAGAGUCUUGUAGGAGCAUUUAUAGUUGACAGUGGAUUCAAGGCUGCAAUAGCGUUUCUUAAAUGGGUUGGGAUACAAAUGGAUUUUGAGCCCUCUCAAGUUAGUAAAAUAUGCCAAUCAAGCACAGUUUUUACUACACUUAUUGAUCGUGCCAACCUUUCCUCUAUAGAGAGUUCAAUGGGGUAUCAGUUUCAUUAUCAAGGUCUGCUUGUACAGGCUUUCAUUCAUCCUUCUUACAACAACCCAUUGGGAGGCUGUUAUCAGAGACUGGAGUUUCUUGGAGAUGCUGUUUUGGACUAUUUAAUCACAUCCUAUUUAUUUUCAGUAUAUCCAAAACUGACGCCUGGUCAAUUGACAGACCUGAGGUCUUUUUAUGUAAAUAAUGUUGCCUUUGCCCGCGUUUCCAUAGCUAGAUCAUUUCAAAAAUUUAUUCUCUGUGACUGUCCUAGUCUCAUUGAAUCAAUGAACAACUAUAUCGACUUUGUUAGAACAUCCUCCAUGGAAAAGUGCUCUGCAGAUGGUCCAAGUUGCCCAAAGGCUUUAGGAGACCUAGUGGAAUCCUGCAUAGGUGCAAUUCUCCUCGAUACUGGCUUUGACUUGAACUGCGUGUGGAAGAUCUUACUCAACUUAAUGGAGCCUGUUACAAGCUGUACAAAGGUGCAGUUUAAUCAACUGAGGGAAUUUGUAGAACUUUGUCAGUUCCAUCAUUGGGACCUGCAGUUUUCAGAAGUUAAAAAAAAUGGAAAAUUUAUCGUGGAAGCUAAAGUACUAGAAGGAGAGAAUAUUUUGGAAACUGCUUCUGCUAUCAAUAUCAGCAAAAAAGGCGGCCAAAGAGUGGUUUCUGAGCAGCUAUACUUUAAACUUAAGGCUAAGGGAUACACAUGCAAAUCCCAGUCUUUGGAGGAGAUCUUGAAAUCAUCUGAUAAAAUGGAACCAAGAUUGAUAGGAAAUGAUGAAGCACCGAUGGAUGUCACUUCUUCAGAUGAAUUUCCAAUUGAUAACUUGAAACUAGAGGAAGUAUCAAAGAUAAUUAAAUCUGGACACAAAGAACAACAACCUUCUCCUUCUGCUGCUUUGCACAAUAAGUCAGCAACAUCAAUUCUGUACGAGAUUUGUAGUGCCAACACUUGGAAACCUCCUUCUUUUGAAUGCAUCAAUGAAUCUGGACCAGGUCACCAAAAAGAAUUCAUUUUCCAAGUGAUAGUUGAAAUCGAUGAAUGCUCACAAAUUGUUCAAGCUUUUGGGGAACCUAGGUCGACAAAGAAAGAGGCAUCUUGUCAUGCUGCAGAAGGGGCGGUUUGGUGCAUAAGAAACUUAGGAUACUAGGAUAAGCCUGAAAUCAGGUUAGCUGCGUAUUAGUGUAACUCAAGUGGUAAAUUCUUAAGGACAUGAAAGAGAGAUCUAGAAAAGGAGUCUCUCUUCCCCUUUUAUGUGUAAUUUUGUACAAUAUCUAGUAUUUGACUGGAUUUUAGUCACAAUAUAACUGGAUUUUAGUAUACUAUAGGAUCUGAUUAUAUAUAAUGAA